AUGAUGGAGAAGAAGCUGUUUCUUACAUUUUCGAUCAUCUUGAAUCUCGUAUUCACUGUCUAUAUCCUUUGUAAUAAUUCAACCACAUGGAGCCCGAGGUGGACCAAUAGAGCCGCUGCAGAAGCAGAGGAUGCAGCCUCUGUUUCAUGCUCAGGCCAUGGAAGAGCUUACGUGGACGGUCUUGGUGUUCUUGACGGCAAUAAACCUCCUUGUGAAUGCAACAACUGCUACACAGGCAAAGAUUGCUCUGUUCAUGUCUCAGAUUGUCCUGUCGAUGCUAACUCAGGAGACCCUUUGUUCUUGGAGCCUUUCUGGAUGCGACAUGCAGAGAAAAGCGCGGUUCUGGUCUCAGGAUGGCACAGGAUGAGUUAUCGUUACAAAGGUGGCUCAUUUGUAUCUGAAGAGCUCGAGAAGGUCAUUAGGAAACUGCAUAAAGUAGUGGGAAAUGCAGUUACUGAUAACAGAUUCAUACUCUUUGGAACUGGAUCCACACAGUUGCUUGCUGCAGCUGCUCAUGCUUUAUCUUUGUCAAACUCAUCAUCAUCAUCACCUGCAAGACUAUUGGCUUCUGUUCCAUUUUACGCUCUGUACAAGGAGCAAGCAGAGUUUUUUGAUUCAACACGUCUCAAGUUUGAAGGAGAUACGUCUGCGUGGAAGAAGAGUAAGCGCAAUGAUAACAACACACAAGUUAUAGAGAUAGUGACAUCUCCGAACAAUCCAGAUGGGAAGAUGAAAAGAGCUGUUCUUGAAGGUCCUAAUGUCAAAACAAUUCAUGAUUACGCGUAUAACUGGCCUUAUUUCUCACCAAUUACACAUCAAACUGAUGAAGAUUUGAGCUUGUUUAGUCUAUCCAAGAUUACAGGUCAUGCUGGCUCCAGAUUCGGAUGGGCAUUGGUAAAAGACAAAAAUGUUUAUGAAAAAAUGAAAAGAUAUGUAACUUUAAGUAGUAUGGGAGUUUCUAGGACCACACAACUUUAUGGUCUACAGUUGCUCAAAGUAGUGGUUGGUGAUGGAGGCGAAGAGAUCUUCCAUUUUGGUUAUGAAACUUUGAAGAAGAGAUGGGAGACGCUGAACAAGAUCUUUUCCACCUCCACUCGUUUCUCUCUUCAGACGAUCAAACCUGAGUAUUGCAACUAUUUCAAGAAAGUCAAAGACUUUACUCCUUCUUAUGCAUGGGUGAAGUGUGAGAGAUUAGAAGACACAAACUGCUACGAGACUUUCAGAGCGGCGAAGAUAACAGGACGUGAUGGCAAAGUGUUUGGAUCAGAGCCAGAGGAAAGGUUUGUGCGGUUAAGUCUUAUCAGAGCACAAGAUGACUUUGAUCAACUUGUUGGUUUGUUGAAGAAGUUAGUCCCUGAAGAAGCUGUGGGAGUUGAUUUAAUCUGA